GAACGUGUUGCAGAACUGAACUACGCCCGAUCCCCCUGUUUUUGAAUAUAUCGAUGAAAAAUUUUAAUACCUUGUAGUUCCGAUUAGAGAAUGGAACCUAAACGGGUUUUAGCUGAAGUGACCAAUAAAACCCUGGAGAAUACUAAGGAGCCAGUGAAAGACACUCCAAAAGAACAGGCAAAACAGGAAAGAUCAAAAUGGUCACUUGAUAGUUUUGAUAUUGGAAAACCACUUGGAAAAGGAAAGUUUGGCACGGUGUAUCUUGCAAGAGAAAAGGCUACAAAAUUUAUCAUUGCUCUAAAGGUUUUAUUCAAGUCACAAUUACAGAAAGCUGGUGUGGAACAUCAACUUCGCAGAGAAAUUGAAAUUCAGUCUCAUUUAAGACACCCCAAUAUAUUACGUCUAUAUGGUUACUUCCACGACAAGUCCAGAGUUUACCUGAUCCUGGAGUAUGCUCCAAAGGGGGAAUUGUACAAAGAAUUACAGAAGCAGGGACGAUUCGAUGAAAAGAGGGCAGCUACUCACAUGUUGCAAAUGUUCAAAGCCAUGUCGUACUGUCAUGAAAAGAAGGUCAUCCACAGAGAUAUCAAGCCAGAAAACUUGUUAAUGGGACUAACUGGAGAACUUAAGAUAGCAGACUUUGGCUGGUCUGUGCACGCCCCCUCAUCAAGACGUACAACACUGUGUGGUACCCUGGACUACCUCCCCCCUGAAAUGAUUGAAGGACAGCUCCACGAUGAGAGAGUGGACCACUGGAGUCUGGGAAUUCUCAUGUACGAGUUCUUAGUGGGAAAGCCCCCCUUUGAAGCCGAGACCAACACAGAAACCUACAGAAGAAUAACAAAGGUUGACCUGCAUUUCCCUCCCUUUGUCUCACAAGGGGCCAGGGAUUUAAUAUCAAAGUUGCUCCGUCACAAUCCCAAACACAGAAUCGACUUGAAAGACGCUAUGGAACACCCCUGGAUCAAAGAAAACAGUCACAUUCUCCCCACGAGCAGAUCAGAGAGCAAAUCCUCCACCUCUUCUACAUCCUGAGGGGCGUAGCUGUCUCUGGGGUCUGCAAUAAACCUGUGUGAUCUUUCAAUAACUGGUGGCUCAGUUGAAAACUGGACCAAGAACUUUGACACCUCAAUAUUCAGGAUUUUUCUAUAGGAUUAUCUCAGUGCUCACCUUUCAUACUUCAUGAUUUUAUGGCCAAAAAAAAAAUCAAUAGAGUGCUGUCUUGUCAUUCAAAAUCUUUGUACUUUGUAAAAAUUUUGUGAUUGUUUGGAGUAAAUGAUCAUAAAAUUUAAGCAACCUGUUGAUAGAGUAUGACAGAAAUGUUAAAUUUUGUACCUUCGUGUUCAUAAAAUUACAUGUAGAUGGAUGCUUUUUUAAGAUACCUUUUUUUCUGAUGAAUACUGUACACAGGAAAAUUUUUGCCCCCGUUUUAUUUUCGCCCCUUUCGCCCUCUUCCUGAUUGGACAAAUUUAAAACGGUGCGAAUUCAAAUUACACAGCAUAAUUUCUUAAACAAAACUAUGACUGGACGAAUUUAAAAUGGGGCCAAAUUGUCCGCAAGUGCAAAAGGGCGAAAAUAACCCUGUGUACAGUAAGUUCAAAGAGAGUUCAAGUUGAGGAGUCUUAACUGAACUUAAACUAUAUAAUGCCAGAAUACUGCAUGAUUCAAGUUUUUCUUUUUAUUUUGAUGAAUUUUAUAUAAAAAACAAAAAAGCAAACUAGCUAGAAACUGCAUUUUCAAUGUUUAAAGAAAAACUUGUUCAUGCAAGUUUUACUUGUUGUUAUAUGAUAGGGAGACAUUAAUCUUUAAAAGAGAGAAAAUACCCGGUACUACCGUGGCUUUUCGAAUUAUUAUAAGAUUGAUUUGAGAGAUGUUUUGUGUGAAUGCAUGUUUCUCUGUUAGUUUUGUGUGUACAGUACUCUGUGUAUAUACAGUUUCACAUACAUUACAUGCAAACUUUACUGUCAGCAAUGUUGAUAAGUACGUUUUUCUUAAAGCCCUAAGUUACAGUUAAAACAUCUUUUUAUCCUUGCACAUAAAAAGUGAAAUAUAUUAACUUGUUUACUUGGCCUUGUUUGUACUUGUAUUUUAUAUUGAAUGAAAACAAAGCUGAAAUCAUUCCUUGUAGCAACAUGCAACUUAUGUAUAAAAAAUGAAUAUGGAAAUUACUAUGGUGUAAAAUUGAUUUUAAGUGUCUGAGAUUAAUAAUGAUUUGUGCAAGAGAAAUUGAUGUGAAUAGUUUCUCUGUGAAUCAUUUCCAUGAUGAUGCAAAAGAAAAGUUUGGCUUGAAUCCUAAUAUUUUAAUUUGAAUGAGAGUGCAUCCUCUUUAAAGCUUAAUAAUGUUUUUGUUAAUACAACAUGAAAGAAACUGUUCAUUUCUGCUUCUGCAAAUAUACACGUGCACUUUCUUAAAAUAUAAAUGAUUCAGAUGAUGUUCAUAGUUUUAUAUAUUGAGUCAGUUGGGACAUUUGAAAUAUGAAAAGCACAACUCUGUUUAGAGUUAAGUCAAGUCAUUUACAAUAUGCUGUACCUUUGAUUGCAUUUUAAUAUAAACACAGAAGUAUGCUGAUAAAAAUUAUGGUUGAAGCCAUGAUGUGAAGUGAUUCAAAAUCAUGACUGAUUUUUAUUGUCUUCUAUUAAAUUAUUUUGUAUGCA